UCCGCCUCCUAAAUGUUGUGUAUUGAAGUUAGUAAUGUUGAACUCCAUUACCCAGCAUGCAUGUGUUACCCAGAAUGCUUAGAGAACGGUCACGUGAGAGUGCGCUGAGCAGAGAGCUAGGAAGCGGUUGAUAGCCAUGCACUGUGUAGUACGUUGAAAGAGACUGUUAAAUAAAAGGUCAUAGAAACCCAGCGACUGACUUGGCUUACUUUAAGAUAAGCAAGACAACACAUUAAAGACGUUAUCAACAACAUGGUCACUGAUGCUGCUGAAAAAAUCAUCCGACACUUCGAAGAAAGCUGCGUUCAGUUUGAGGAGGAGCUCCAUCGUCAGAGCAGACUGCUGGAAAUCAUCGCGGAUCCACAGACGAGACAUCAAACUCUACUUCUCCCCCACUAUUUUCUGAGGAAGCAAGAGAGGAACUCCAGUUUGAAGCUGGAGAACUCAGAAGCUCCACAGACUAAAGGGCAGCAGGAGGAGCUCUGCAGCAGCCAGGACGUCGAGCAGCUGGAUCUGAAUCAGGAGACAGAUAUCUUGAUCCUUACUCCUACUUAUGAGAAAAAUGAAGAUCUGAACUGUCAGCAUCGCCUAACUCAGAGCUUAAAUGUAACUGAUGAUCAGAAUGGAGAAGGAAACCAGCAUGGUAAAGAAAAGAAAAAGACUCAAAUGAAAAAACUUUGCAGAACAAAAAGGGUAAAAGAGCAUUGUUGUGAAGAAUGUGAAAAAAGUUUUACUACAGCUUACCAAUUAAGACGUCACAUGAGAAUCCACACAGGAGAAAAUCUUUUUUCGUGUGAAGAAUGUGGUAGAUGUUUUACACAUUCAGGCAGUUUAUCCGUUCACAUGAAAAUCCACACAGGAGAAAAGCCUUUUUCCUGUAAAGAAUGUGGUAGAAGUUUCUCUCGAGUAGACAGCCUAAUUAGUCACAUGAGAAUCCACACAGGAGAAAAGCCCUUUUCCUGUAAAGAAUGUGGUAAAUGUUUCACUCUUUCAUGCAGCUUAACGGAUCACAUGAGAAUCCACACAGGAGAAAAGCCCUUUCCCUGUAAAGAAUGUGGUAGAAGUUUUAGACGUUCAAGCAAACUAUCAGUUCACAUGAGAAUCCACACAGGAGAAAAGCCUUUUACCUGUGAAGAAUGUGGUAGAAGUUUUUCUCAUGCAAACAGUCUUACUACUCACAUGAGAAUCCAUACAGGAGAAAAGCCUUUUUCAUGUGAAGAAUGUGGUAGAAGUUUCUCUCAAGCAACCAGCCUAACUAGUCAUAUGAGAAUCCAUACAGGAGAAAAGCCUUUUUCCUGUGAAGAAUGCGGUAGAAGUUUUUCUCAUGCAAACAGCCUAACUUAUCACAUGAGAAUCCACACAGAAGUAAACCUUUCCCUGUUAGAUUGAUGUUGAAAUUUCAAUAGAUCAUAAUGUCCAAUAUGACAUUAAAAUUCAAAGAAACAUGAUCAUUUUUUUCCCCAAAACUUGAUUUUCCAUAAAGAAAAGACAUGCAAUAAUAGCAGCAGGUUUUCAUAGACAGUGUUCUGUUUCUGUUAAUAACCCGUCUAGUUUAGAUCAUUUUGUAGUUCUUUCAAAUGUUCAUUGUUUUGAAAUGCCUUAAAUUUGCAAUUUUUGAUUUGUUCAUCUUAUUUACUGUAUUGAAGAGCUGGACAGCCCGUGUUUGACAUCACCCUUAGAAAAUGGCUUGUUUCUUGCUCCAUCCAAAGUUAAGUUAGUUGCCAUUUUUUCCAGUUAUAGAUGCUGCCAUUUGGAGCAACAGGAUGUUAGUAACCGCUGAUUAGUCAGAGUAACACAGUUUUCGUUUCUGUUGAGAAGAUUGAUUUACAAUGGUCUACAGCCUACUAGGAAAUAUAAGUCACGGAGUACAAAAAAAGCAUGAAAAAUUAGAAUACAAAAAAUCAGCAAAUCAGAGUGGAACAGAAAGGUGAACUGCUUUACAGCGAGGAACCAUUGUUCAUUAUAUUCAGUGUUUGAAAGGAAAUUGACUUCAUGAACCAUGUUUAUCUUAUUUUCCGGACUAUAAGUCGCCCUUUUUUUCAUAGUUUGGCAAGGGGUGCGACUUAUACUCCGCAGCGACUUAUAUUAGAAAUAAAUUGAAAUAAAUACA